AUUGAUGUUACUUUAGCAAACAAGAUGCUGAAGCUCCUAUAUAAAGCUCCUCCUCGAGCAGUUCAACAGAACACUUUCAGUGAGAUCUUGUACUAGAGUGCAUCGUUCCAACAGCAACGAAGAAAAUUUAUCAAGAUGACCGAGAAGCGUUUGUUCGUCCUUUUCGUCCUGUCGUUGAUCAUAAGUACCGUGCUUUGCCAAACCUUCCAGUACAGUCGUGGAUGGACCAACGGCAAGAGAUCCUCGUUGGUCCCGAACUCGUUGGAUGUCCCCAAUUCAAUGGACGAGCGUUUCACCGGCGAGCCCAGGACAGUGAAGAUGCUGCUGUAUGGGGACCUCAAUGAACAACCGCUGUUGAUCCAUUGUGAUGUUAUGGACAAAUUCAAAAAAUUCCUUCACACGGAUAAUUAGAUGUCUCUCAACUGUGCCAGUCGGAGAAAGGGUCGGCAAUAGUUAUUCAAGCGAACACUCGGCAUGAUAAUCAUUAUUUAUGUAUAAUUAUAUAAAUAUUUAUGAUUUUAAAAGUAUUCGAUUCGGAAUUUUAGCGUGGUUCUCCCCGGUAAAAAUUUUCGAUAGAAAACCAUGGAUAAUGAUACGAAACGAUUCACAUUAAUGAAUUCACGAAUCAAAAUCCAUAUUCAAAACGAUAGGAUUUUUUUCCAUCGGAAAUUUUUACCACGUCUCUGUUAAGCUCAAAUCGGAAUAAAUUAUCUGUGCGUAAAAA